CCCCCCCUCUCUCUCCCAGUCCCACCUCCCCACAAAAAAACCGUCUCUCUCUCUCUCUCUCUCUCUGUCCUUCCCCCCUCCUACUCUUAUUUCCUUUUCUCUUACAGUUUUAUCUCAUCUUGCAUCUUUGGGCUCGCCCUUUCUUCUCUCUCCUUUCGUUUUCGGAAAAAAAUCGUUUUUUUUUCCGGUGAUCUGAUCGGCCGCGGGAAUCGCAGCGGCUUGAGCGCGGUGGCGACGAUAGUGAACGAGCCAGAGAGUAGCUGCCGUUAAAAUUUGAGAUUUUGGGAGCUUUUUCAAUCUCUUUGUGGGCAUUGGAGAUGGGUUGUUUCUCAUGUUUUGGAUCGCCAGAUAAGGAGGAGGAGGAGGAGGAGGAGAAGGAGAAGAAUGAGGAGAAGGAAGGAGGUGGGGAUGUUAUGAGGGACACCUCAGGUGCUUCAUCUUCUCAUCAUGGGACCAGAGCUAGCUCAGACAAAUCAAAGAUGCAGAACGGUUCAAGCUCCAGGAAUGAAACAUCAGUGCCCAGAGAUGGAACAUCAUCACGUAUCGCAGCUCAAACUUUCACUUUUCGUGAGCUUGCUGCUGCAACUCAGGACUUUAGACUAGAUUGCCUUCUGGGGGAGGGGGGUUUUGGUCGUGUGUAUAAAGGACACUUGGAGAGCACUGGACAGGUUGUUGCUGUAAAACAAUUGGACAGGAAUGGCCUUCAAGGGAACAGAGAAUUUCUGGUGGAGGUGCUCAUGCUCAGUCUAUUGCAUCACCCAAAUCUUGUCAACUUAAUUGGUUACUGUGCCGAUGGAGAUCAACGCCUCCUUGUGUAUGAGUUUAUGCCUCUAGGAUCAUUGGAGGAUCAUUUGCAUGAUAUUCCACCUGACAGAAAACCCCUUGACUGGAAUAUGCGGAUGAAGAUUGCAGCUGGUGCUGCUAAAGGCUUGGAAUACCUGCAUGAUAAGGCAAACCCUCCUGUUAUAUACAGAGAUUUCAAAUCAUCAAACAUCCUACUCGGUGAAGGAUAUUUUCCUAAGCUGUCUGAUUUUGGGCUUGCAAAACUUGGCCCUGUUGGUGACAAGACUCAUGUUUCAACCCGGGUCAUGGGGACAUAUGGCUAUUGUGCUCCUGAAUAUGCAAUGACAGGGCAGCUGACGCUGAAGUCUGAUGUCUAUAGUUUUGGUGUUGUUUUCCUCGAAUUGAUUACAGGGCGUAAAGCUAUUGACAACACCCGGGCUGCUGGGGAGCAUAAUCUAGUGGCAUGGGCUCGCCCAUUAUUCAGAGAUCGAAGAAAGUUCCCCAAGAUGGCAGACCCAAAGUUGCAAGGCCACUAUCCACUGAGAGGACUAUACCAAGCUCUAGCUGUUGCUGCGAUGUGUCUGCAGGAGCAAGCGGCAACUCGGCCUCUUAUCGGGGAUGUCGUCACUGCACUUACAUACCUAGCUUCACAGACAUAUGAUCCAAAUGCAGCUGCUUCUCAGAGUAACAGAGCCGGUCCAUCCGUCCCAAGGGCCAGAGAGGAUUGGAAGAGCCUUGGCUUUGGGUUUGACAAUCAACAUGCCAUCCAGUCACCACAUCGGCAUUCACCUGACUUUAGGCAUAGAAACCUUUUCAGGGGGCCAAACCUUGGAGAUGGAGGCAGAGGAGAUGUAGUUGGUCAGUCUGGAAUAAAUUUGGAUCUUGCUGAAUUGCAGAUACAAGAGUCUCAAACGGACAGCGCAAUCCGUCUAGGAAAAGCUAGAGAAGCUCCAGGGAUUUCAAACCGAGACCUUGAUAGAGAGCGUGCAGUUGCAGAGGCAAGAGUGUGGGGUGAAAAUUGGAGAGAGAGAAAGAGAAUGAAAGAACCCAGCAACUAUGAUAGUACAAGUGAGUAGUUAAAAGGCAUUCUUCGGAUUUAAUCCAUUACAUCAUGCAUUUGCCAUGUUAGUCUCUAGCAGAAAAGGCUGUUACAGGUUCUUCAGAGUAGAUGCAUCAUCCAUUCCAUCUUAGAGCCAUUCUCAGUUCUGGGAAUAAGGUUGUCAGUUGCUGUGGGUCUGUAAUUACUGUGAAUUCUCAACCAUAAGAUCACACUCCUUCUGCAGGUGUGGUUCUUUGGGACUAGAUGUGGAAAGUAGGCAUCAAUUGAAGGGAGGGUUGCAUUUAAGAGUGAGUAGAUAUCUAGCAUGUCACAGUUAGGUUGGGUGCAAAUUGCUGCACUCUGUUAGGAUGGCUGUCUGAAGCCUAAAGAAAAAGGUGUCAUAGUUUUGGUCUAUAAGGUCUAUGUCGGGUAUGUUUUUGUAUGUCUCAUAGCAGUUUUUGUAUUUAUUUAUCUUAUAUAAAGUAUCAUAUGUUUCAUGGCCA